CCCUUUUGCGAUUGGCCAAGCGUCGGGGCGGGGUCGAGCUAUGAUUGGUUAGGCCUACAGCUGCGUCGGGGUGCGCCACGUGUACGUAGGAACGAAGCGGAAGCGCCGGCUGGCUGGAGGCGACGCGGCAGGGCCGGGUGACGGUGGUAGCCAUGGAACGCGAAGGGGAGCAGCUGUCCGCGCGGCCGGCCCUGGAGACGGAGGGGCUGCGCUUCCUGCACGUCACAGUGGGCUCCCUGCUGGCCGCCUAUGGCUGGUACAUCCUUUUCAGCGGCGUGCUUCUCUACGUGGUCUUCCAGAAGCUUUCCACCAGGCUGAGGGCCUUGAGGCAGAGGCAGCUGGACCAAGCCGAGGCUGCCGUGGAACCUGAUGUUGUUGCUAAGCGACAAGAGGCCCUAGCAGCUGCUCGUUUGAGAAUGCAAGAAGAGCUAAAUGCACAAGUUGAAAAGCAUAAGGAGAAACUAAGACAGCUCGAAGAAGACAAACGGAGACAGAAGAUUGAAAUGUGGGACAGCAUGCAGGAAGGCAAAAGUUACAGAGGCAAUGCAAGAAAGCCUCAGGAGGAAGACAGUCCUGGGCCUUCUGCUUCAUCUGCAGUCCCCAAACGGAAGUCUGACAAAAAGCCUUUGCGAGGAGGUGGUUACAACCCUCUGACUGGUGAAGGAGGUGGAGCCUGCUCUUGGAGACCCGGACGCAGGGGUCCGUCAUCUGGCGGAUGAAGCUAAGAAUCUUGUUAGUGUUGCCUUUGACAUUAGCAAGAUGAACCCUUAACCUCAAUUCAAUUGCCUUAUGCACACUUUUCACAGUGACUAGACAAGGGGAGGUGGGUCUUAUUUCUGUUUGUGACUAUUCCAGAUGGGGUGUAAGCAUUGCCACCAGGUCACACUCCACUAAAAGACAGAGAUUUGCAGUUGUUGAUUUUCAUGCUGCUAGUUGGUAGGUGAAGGCCUCUAGCUGAUUAGCAGUUUUGGUAGAAGAGGCCCAGGAAUGAUGUUUUAUGGCAGAAGUCCUUGCUGAUAGGACAGUCUCUGUGACAGGAUGUGUUGAAUGAUGUCUUCCUUAUAAAUGGUGAGCCCACCAGUGAGGAUUACUGAUGCAGACAGUUGAUGGGGUUUGUUUCUGUAUAUUUAUUUUCAUGUACAGAACUUUAUAAAAGAAAAAUUGUAAAUAUUUAAAAAAGUGAGUAACAUUUUUAGCAUCUUAAGUUCAAAGAGAUGUCUUCGUGAGUUGACUUUGUCUAUCUGACAUUAAACCACUUUUCUCACAGCCUCCACCUCCUAGUACUUCUUUCUCCACUUACUCCUCAGAGUCAAGGAUGGCUAGGUAACAACCACAGUGAUUUUGAGAGUUGGCACAUUCCUUGAGGGGUUUACCUACAAAAUCAUGAACUUGGAGUUCAGUUUGCUGAAUUGCUGGGGUAAAGGAACAGCUUGCGUCAAGGUGUCUUGUGGGCUGACGGUCUUUUAAGAGCCCUUCCAGGUCAUUUCCCAGAUGCAUACCUUGAGUCAUUUGUUAUGUUCUUGAGUGGCGCUAUUGGGAUUUUCUAAAAUACUAAAUAUUUUAGACUUUGCUGACUACAUGGUUUGCAUCACAUAGUCUGGUUUUUACAUUUGUUUAAGGAUUGUUUAAAAAAACAUCUUGGCUCAUGGGCUAGAUUUGGCCUGCAUGAUGUAGGCUGUGGACCCCUGCUGUGGAGUGAGUCAUGAGAAGGAACAAGUAGCUGGGGAAAUAUUUUAUAAUGGUCUCUUAAAUUAACCAGCAUUUUUGUUUAUUUGCGGUACUGGGAGUUGAACUCAGGGACUGUGCCAGGCCGGCCUGGACCAAGAUCCUAUUUGUGCCCAGCCGUCAGUUCAGAAGGGGUUUCUUGGACUUUUUGCCUGAACUGGCCUCAAACCAUGAACCUUCUGAUCUGUGCUGCCCGAGUAGCCAGGAUUACAGGCUUAAGCUGCUGUGCCUGGCCGUCAAUAUUUACUGAGUGUCACCGCAGGUAGAAUAAUUGUGUGGCUUCUCUCUUGGCAUAAAAGGGAGAAGGUACAGUCUGACCCCAUGAGACUUAAAAUCUCCUGGGGAGGUAGCUGUGGCAGGGCACACCUGCACUCCCGGCACCUGGGAGCCUGAGGCAGGAUCGGGAGCUUGAGGCCGCCUGCGCUCCGUAGUGAGGAUCUGUUGGAAGAACACAUCUCUUGGAGAGGGCUUUAGGGAAGCGUUGUGGGGAGCAGAGACAGGCCACUGGAAGAGAAGCGCAGUUGCCACAGGGAGAUGUGAGCGCCAUCAAGUGACCCUCACACACCCAUUUUACAAAUAGACGGGUCUGGGAAUAGGAGCAGCAGCAUCCUUGCCUCAUCUAACGAAGUUCAGCUCUCAACUGGGUUUGAGUUCUGUUUUCGUUUUCCGUUCUGGGAUUAAACCCAGGACCCUGUACAUGCCGGACAAGUAAGUGCUCUACCGCUGAGCCAUAUCCCAGGCUUAGUGUUUUGAGACAGUCUCUUCUGUGUAGCUCAGGUUCUCUUUGAAUUCCUGAUCCUCUUGCCUCAGCCCCCUGGGUGCAGGGUUUAUAAGCUUGUAUCACCACACCUUGAUUAGGGGUUUGUAUUAAAUAGAAGCAAAAUAAGAUA